AUGCUAUGUCUUAACCAUACUGGAGAGAAACCCUAUAGGUGCAAUGAGUGUUGUAAAGCUUUCAGUCAGAGUUCACACCUUAUUCUUCAUCAGAGGACUCACACUGGAGAGAAGCCUUAUGAAUGUAAUGAAUGUGGGAAAUGUUUUAGCUGUAGCUCACAUCUUUCCCAACAUCAGAGAAUUCAUACUGGAGAAAAACCCUAUAGAUGUAAUGAAUGUGGUAAAGCCUUUUGUCUGAACUCACAACUUAUUCAACAUCAGAGAACUCAUGCUAUAGGAGAGAAACCUUAUAAAUGUAGUGAUUGUGGGAAAAGUUUCAGUCAGAGCUCACAUCUUACUCACCACCAAAGAGUCCAUACAGGGGAGAAACUCUAUGGAUGUGUUGAAUGUGGGAAAGCCUUUAGUCGAAGUUCAAACCUUAUUCGACAUCAGACAUCACAUACUGGUGAGAAACCCUAUAAGUGUCAGGACUGUGGCAAAGCCUUUAUUCAGAGCUCACAACUUAAUAAACAUCAAAGAAUUCACAUUAGAGACUUUCCUUAUGAGUGUAACGAAUGUGGAAAAGCCUUUAGCAGAAGCUUCUACCUUAAUGAACAUCAGAGAACUCAUAUUGGGGAGAAAUCUUAUCAGUAUAGUGAAUAUGAGACUCCCUUAGUGAGUUCAAACCUUAUAAAACAUUUUACAUCUCACACUGGACAGAAAUUACAUGAAUGUAAUGAGUGUGGGAAAGCCUUCAGGUGGAGCUCACACCUUAUUGUACAUCAGAGAAUUCGUACUGGAGAAAAACCCUUAUAA